AUGGUGGAGGACGGGAAGAAGGGGAAGAGAGAAGGAGAGAGGGGUACGGGAGAAAACGUAUGCAACAGCCACGUGCGUGGAGUGAGCAGACACCUGAGUGAACUGUGUGAAAUUCAAGCCCAGAAGACGUGGCCAGCAAAUGAGAGAACAACUACGCCCAACAUAGAAGAGAGUGAGCUGCUGGUUUUUGAUGAUGAUGUUGAAACUGAGGAGGUGUUGAGAUCGCUCAGCAAAGGAGAAUACGCGGAUGAGAAGGAUGCCUUCUACGUGGUGGACCUGGGAGACAUCGUCAGGAAGCACCUGCGCUGGCUCGGCGCCCUUCCUCGUGUGUGGCCCUUCUACGCUGUCAAGUGCAACAACACUCAGACCAUCGUACACACCCUCGCCACGCUGGGCACUGGCUUUGACUGCGCCAGCAAGGCGGAGAUAGCGCUGGUGCAGAGCCUCGGCGUGAGCGCUGACCGCAUCAUCUAUGCAAACCCCUGCAAGCAAGCGUCGCACGUGCGCUACGCGGCCGAGCACGGCGUCAACCUCAUGACCUUCGACAACGAUGCCGAGCUGCACAAGGUCGCCCGCGUCAACCCCAACGCCAGGCUUGUGCUGAGAAUCGCCACCGAUGAUUCCAAGUCCAUGUACAAGUUGAGCCGUAAAUUCGGUGCCAGCGUCGAGUCGAGCCAUCAGCUGCUGGAGACGGCGCAGGGACUGGGACUGCUCGUCGUGGGGGUCAGCUUCCACGUUGGUAGCUGCUGCCAGGAUGUUGUGACCUAUACCGAGGCCAUUGCAAAUGCCCGUCAGGUUUUCAACAACGCCGCUGAACUGGGAUUGAGGCUGACUCUUCUGGACAUUGGAGGAGGCUUCCCAGGCCAUAAUGGAGAGUCCAAAUUUACAUUUGAGGAGAUCGCGGCCGUCGUGAACUCUGCACUGGACACGCAUUUCCCCGCGGGCUGCGGAGUGAACAUCAUCGGCGAACCCGGCCGCUACUACGUCAAGUCGGCGCUUACCCUGGCCGCCAACGUCAUCGCCAAGAAGUCGUUCGUCAAUCCGCUGGCCGACAGUGAGGGGCAGCCAGCGCACAUGUACUACAUAAACGAUGGCAACUUUGGAUCGUUUAACUUUGUGUUCUUCAAAGAGAAAUGCACUCCCCCAGUUGCAUUGAAGCGCGUGGAGCCAGAGGAGCCGCUGUUUGAGUCGUCGGUGUGGGGCCCCACUUGCGAUGGGCUGGACUGCGUGAUGGAGCGGACACAGUUGUUGGAGUUGCACGUGGGCGACUGGCUGCUGUUCCGCAACAUGGGCGCGUACACUCUGACCCUCAGCUCAGGGUUCAACGGAUUCCCGUUGCCCAACAUCCACUACAUGAUUGGUGAUGCCGAGUGGUCUUUGCUGGUCAAGGAAAGUAAAGACCAGGAAUCAAUGUCAUCCCUCAACUUAAAAAAUGGCAACUAAACUGCAUUUACCAAUAUGCUUAAGCACAUUUAAUAAUUUCACACAGCAUCACGUAUUGAUGUACAUCAUGAAGUAAUUUCAACAAUGCCUCGUCAAAAUCAAUUAAUUACCAGGCGACUAUCGUGGGUUUUUUUACGGAAAAUGGGUGCCAAGAGACCGGGCAAUGGGUACGUCGAACAAGCACCGGGCGCCAAGAGACCCACACAUAUACACUGAAUCCUCGCUUGAUGCGAUAAAUGUGUUCCUGAAGAGUGCUGCAUUACGCGGAAUCAAUUUCCCCAUAAAUGAUAACCGUCUGGCGAGUUACGAUGUACACAGAUUGCAGGAAGAUGGUGGUGCAAAUAAUUGAAGGUUACUUGAAGUUGCAUAAGUACAUCAAUUCCCAAGCUUGGGAAAGGCAGUAAAACAACAGCAAAAACAGUCCCAUACCAUAUCAAGACAACACAUAGUCCCUCAAUACAAUUGUACAUUGCAAUUGAACUAUCAAUACGUUAAAUUUAGAUUUAAAACUUUCGUGACUGUAGGGAUUCAUAUUCUUGGU